CGACCAAUCAGCGGUGGCUACUGGCUAGCGUACAUCUGAGUCCCAUACAUUACAGCGGUUAUUUCAACGACAUUAUUUGUAGCGUUACAAAGGAUAGUGUACCUCCAAAGGCAAUAUACGGUCAACACAGACCUAACGUAUACAUUGUACCUGUCGAGCAGGACCAUAAAGGUACAUUGCUAACUAUUUACAACUAGCGUUACCAGCCACUAACGUUAUCCGACGGUGUUCAACGUACGCAACUUUGGCUUCCUGGUUUUAAUUUAAACCCCAGUUAACAUUAGGUGAAUCAGAAUGGCCCAGGGGAUACCAGAUAAGAUAAUGAGUAAUACUACACUGAUAAAAGACUUGGCGGAUGUGGCAAAAGAUGCAGCACUUCUGCAGGGGGUUCUAAUGAGGAUCCACGAGACCCCCAACUCAUCAGAGUUGGUGACGUACGCUCCAUUCACACUCUUCCCCACACCUGUGCCUAAGGCUGUGUUCUUCCAGGCCCUGGCAGUGCAAACACACUACAAUACACUGGUAGACAAGAUCAGCCAGGAUCCAGACUUUCUGGAAGAGGCUCUGGCUAGCACCAUUGCGGUGGAUGAUUUCACUGCAAGGCUUUUCAGGAUCCACCAACAAAUCCUAAAAGAAGGAAGGUCUCAGUCUAUUGUGUUGGGUCUCAAUCGGUCCGACUACAUGCUGGACCAGGGAGAUGAUGGCUCGUCGUCUUUGAAGCAGAUAGAAAUCAACACCUUUGCUGCCAGUUUCGGAGGUCUGUCUUCACGCACGCCAGAUGUACACCGACACGUCCUUAAGGUGGCUGGGCAACUGGAGGAGAGCCGGCGGAUCCUCGACAACAACCCUGCAGCUGGUCUGGCCAAGGCUGUUGCCAAAGCCUGGGAGCUCUAUGGAUCAGAGAGAGCAGUCGUCAUGUUCCUGGUGGAAGAGGGCCAAAGGAACAUCUUUGAUCAACGAUACAUUGAGAACGAACUGUGGAAGAGAAACAUAAGCACAAUGAGAAAGCGGUUCGACGAUGUUACUAAAACAGGGUCCCUCGAUCAGGACAAGAGGCUAUUUGUUGAUGACCAAGAGGUAGCAGUGGUGUACUUCAGGAAUGGCUACAUGCCUGAGAACUACAUUUCUGAAAAGACUUGGGAUGCUCGUCUUCUGAUGGAGCGCUCUCUGGCUGUGAAAUGUCCAGACAUCAGCACUCACCUGGCUGGAACCAAGAAGGUCCAGCAGGUGCUCGCCAGCCCUGGAGUUCUGGAGAAGUUCUUCCCCGACCAGCCCCAAAUAGUGGAGCAGAUCAGAGCAACGUUCGCUGGCCUCUACACUCUAGACAUGGGACCAGAGGGUGAAAAAACGGUAGCAAUGGCGUUGGCAGCACCGGACCGGUUUGUUCUGAAGCCUCAGCGUGAGGGAGGAGGUAACAACAUCUAUGGAUCAGAGAUCUGCCAGGUCCUGCAGGGAGUGAAGGAGAGUACAGAGAGGAUGGCCUAUAUUCUGAUGGAUAAAAUCCAUCCCAACCCCGUACAGAACUACCUGCUGAGACGAGACGGUCCUCUCAAAAUCAGCAACUGUCUCAGUGAACUGGGCGUGUUUGGAACAUAUGUCAGGCAAGGUAAAGACAUGGUGAUGAAUGAGUGUGUGGGUCACCUGCUGAGGACCAAGAGUUCCGAACACUCAGACGGAGGCGUAGCAGCGGGCGUGGCUGUGCUGGACAAUCCUCUCCUCGUCUGAGAAUUUUACACUCCUACCUGCUGGGCUUUCAACAAAGAAAAACACCCAAAUGGACAAUGACUACUUUGGCCGCUACAGCGUGAAAAUGAUGCUGAGCAAAUGCGUGUUCCACAUGCAUCUUACUUGAGACAGGCUGGACAGAAAUACUAGCAGGGUAGGCUCAGUUGUUGCUCACACUGAAGCCUUCCUUUGGGAUUCCUCCAGCUGUUACAAAUGUCUUUGUUUUAUCUCUAGUGGCGUUUGGUGUUAUUUGCCUUUAUUACCAAUGCCAGUGGUUCCAAAAGGAUUCAUGAAGACCAUGUUUCUUAUCAGUUUUUUGAUAUGAUGAUUCUGUUUUAAAUGGAGUGCUGCUCUCAAAUACACACUCUAGGCAUAGCUUAAGCAAGUUCAAAACACUUAAACCAAGUAAAUAAACACAUUAUUUUAAUUUUAAUAACAGUAACAUUGCAUAAGGGGAGACAUUGGAGGUGAAUAGUGUAAAACCUUUAAGUCAUAGAUAUCACCAUGAAACCUCCCCAGUUGAUUACUUA